UCAAGUUUUGUCCUUUUCAGUUCACAUGUGUCAUGUCGCUAAAACAUUAUUCACACAUGUAUAUUAUUCAGCUCGAUAACAAUCGCAAGCGGCACUUUACAUGUGACGGACUGUAAACACCUCAUUCACCUCUGGACACAUCUGUCUUCACACACGUGUUCAGCACAGGUCACCCGUGCUUUGAUAACAGGAAACUGUUUACAUGUUACGUGUGUGUCACAGAACGGCAGCUUAUUACAAGAUGCCUCUGUCCUGAUACAGUUCUGCAACAUUUUCAUCAGCUUAAUCUGUGUUAUUAAGCUACAAUACUUUUGCUGCCUCUAGUAUGCGGACUUUAAGCUGACGGUGGUCAUCCCUCUACUAUGUUCAGGCUCCGCUCCUUUUGGGGGCGUUCCCGCUCACUGUUUCACAGCGCGGCCGUCAGUCGUGACCAGGUGCUUGAGCAGCUUCAGGUGUGCUCUGCAGAAAACCAGGUGUUUGAUGUGGUGGGCCGGAACAAAGCCAAGCUCUCGGCAAGCCAUGUGGGCUGUGCUAUCGGACUGUUGUGGCAGUUUCAGAGAGAAAGGCCACAGAUGCUCAGAACCAUCGAGCUUGUUCGGAAUCACCCACAGUUCCUGACGCUUCGAGUUUUGGCAGAAAACAAGAUCAGUGACAUGGAUGAUGUUUCAGUGGUGGAUAUGCUCUAUGACGUUCUUAGGCUUAAUAUAGAACAGCACGACUCUCUUGUCCAGCAGUUGGUGACAGAGGCUUGGAACAGACUAGAGAGAUUUCAGAUGCCAACACUGUCAAAAUUUGCUGUUUGUCUGAGCGAUCAGUUUCUUCAGCACAGUCCAUUGAUGGGUCAGAUUACUGAAAUUGUGAGUCAGAGAUUGGAUUCAGUUGAAGAUGCCAGAGUGCUUACAACCUUGAUGAUCAGCAUUUCCUCCCUGGCAUCGCCACAAUUGCGUGACGCACUGAUUGAAAAAGCGCACGACCUCCUUGAAAAAAUGGACCCGCAUCAGUUUAACAACCCCAGAAGGGUGGUGCAGUUCCUUCGUAACGUCAAGCAUAACCACCGACCUCUCUUGGAGAAAUGCAGCCAGAUCCUCCUGCAGAACAUCUCCCAUCUGGAUGCAGAACACAUCAGUAUCAUUCUGGGCCUGUAUCAGUCCAUGCAGUUCAAUAAUUGUGAUUUCCGGCUGGCUGCAAAACAGAGGCUGAUUGAGUUGGUCGACAACAGCAGUGAUCCUGCCACUUUCACCAAACUCUUUGCUUCUCUAGGACCAAUGGCAGGACAAGGAAUCAGAGAGGGGUUAGAGAGUACUGCUCUGCUAUUGGCUGAUGAGUUCAAUACCCAACAGGCUCUAGCUGUGGUGGAGACAAUGGAGGAAAUGCAAUGCAGGAACCUUCAGUUGAUAAACAAGAUGGCAGCAAUAAUCUGCACGAAUCUGGAGUGCUAUCGUGCAGUGGAAAUCGCUCGAAUCACUCAAACUCUCCUUUUGCUGCAUUGCCAGAAUCCAGAGAUCUUCUCCAGACUGAGAACCAAACUGCUUCAUUAUCUCCACGUCAGUGUGUACCCUUACGAGGUGACCAUGCUAACUAGGGUGAUGUCUAUGCUCCCUUCUCACCGUCUCGAUGAGGGCAUCCUCUCCCGCGUGAAUGCUGUGCUUCCUCAGUGCAACCUAAACGACCUGAACACUUUCGCCAUGGUUGUUGCCAAAUGGAUUCGCAAUGACCCCUCAUACCGUCACAACACACCCAUCAAGUAUGUUCGCCUCCUCCAGACCCUGAACCGUUGCGGACAUGAGCGGCUACAUAAAUUCGACCGCCUGGACGUGGUGUUGGAGGAAGUCAGGUACUUGUCGGGGGAGUGGUUUGAGGAGAUGCUUCUGGAAGAGUCCAUGGUCACCAUACAGAGACUGCUUGAGCAGAUAUCCUUGACUAACGUGCCUGAGCUGGCCAUUUAUCUGACCAGGACCAACUACCUCUGUGCCGCACUGCUGGACCGUAUCGCUAGUGUGACGAUUGAAAACAUAGACAAGAUUCAUCACUCUGCAACAUAUGCCACUUUGCUGCCUUUUGCUGUGUUAAAUUAUGACCCACCGAGAGCGGAGGAGUUCUUUGACGUUUGCAUUCAACAUUUCACUCCUUAUAUAAGUUCUUUUGAUCCUCACCUGCUGGUUCUCUUGGCAUAUGCACUGGCGAUGGCCGAUUAUUUUCCUGAGGAAGUGAUUAGAGAGAUUUUCAAUGUGGACUUUCUUGCCAAGUUGGAUGCCCAGCUGGAGACCCUGCCGUAUGCUCUGAACUUGCGUGUGCGUUUGCGUCUGAUGGAGCUGAAUCGUGCUGUGUGUCUGGAGUGUCCUGAGUUCCAGGUGCCCUGGUUCCAUGAGCGCUACUGUAAACAGCUACAGAAGAGAGCCAAUAGCUCAAUCAGUCCAGUCCAGAAGCAGAUUCAUAAGAUGCUCGGGGAGGUGCUGGGAGGAAUCAACUGUGCCAAAGUGGGAGUGCUGACUCCAUACUUCUAUACUGUUGAUUUUGAAUUUGUCUUGGAUCAUCACCUUCAGCCGAUACCCUACAGCGAGCAGAGUCAACUACAGAUCAGCGAGAAUGGAAAAGUUCACUGGGAAUCAGGAUCAAUAGACAGAGAGAGGACAGAACUGCUGCCAGGUGUUCGCCGUGUUGCAUUGGAUUUCCUGGAUUCCAAAUCCUUCUGUAAAAAUUCUCGCCACAUGAAAGGAGAGGCCAUGAUGAGGAAAAGACAUCUGGAGAUUUUAGGAUAUCAUGUGCUACAGAUUCCUCACUUUGAAUGGAAUUCAAUGGAGCUCUCCACACAAGAUGCGUUGAGAGAAUACUUGAGGAAGAAAAUUUUCACAGACUUGCCCUUUAUCUGAUCUCUAGCAAAGACUAUGUACUGCAGAUUACUAAUGUAAUCUUAUAUCAUGUUUUAUACAACUGUUCAUCAAUUGAUAAAUUUGUAAUAAAUGAUGAGAUAUUACUCAGUCGCUGUUUUCAUUCACAAGGAUGACAUUUCUACUUGUGUUUGGCUUUAUAUAUGUAUUUAUGUUGUUUUACAUGAAAGAGAAAAUGUAUAUGAAUGGAAUUAAAUG